CAAAGUCAGGCUGCCCUCCGCUAGGCUUUGGAUACGCGACUCAGGGAGCGCGAUACCGUAAGGUAUGCAUGCACCAGCCCUCGCGACCUGUCCCUGACUCUUCCGGGCCCUCGCAGCAUGGCGAUCAUGCAACUCGCACGCCGAUCUCGAGCGCAUAUUGCCACCUCCGCAUCAAAUUUCAACAGUCAUCCUCCCUGGGUUACUCGUAUUUCAUAUAUGUGGCCUGUUAGACCCCGGCAGCUUACGAUCAAAGAUCAGCAGUUUGCCAGUCUGAUGCACCCAUCUAUAUACCUAUGUAUCCUCAUCGCCGUGCACGUUGGCUGCGUGGGCUUUGAAUACACGGUGACUUCCUGCGGAACGAUGAAGCCUGGGGCUUCAAACUCGCGGAGGGCAUGUCGUGCUGGUCACUCAGUUAGCACGUCUCCUCGAUUCUGCGUUCUAUCCUUUCCAUCCCUCACCAAGCUACUGGAAGCGGACCGAAGCGUCGGCGACGCGCUCGUCUCGUUAAAGCGGCUCGGCUCAGUGGAGCUUGACGGCGAGUCAUUGCGCUCCCUGGAUGGCGAGUCGUCCUUCGCAUGUGGCGCUUCGGUUCUCGCAGCCGCCUCCUUCUUGAACACCUCAUUGCAUCCAGUCGUCUCCCGGCCUUGCUCGUUGCUCAUUGACGUCUAUACCGCGGACUUGGCACUUGGACUACUUCCCGUUCGAGCGUCACCCUGACAUCGUUCUCGAACUCGAUCGGUUGGGGCGGUAUCCUGCCAUGCAUUGGCAGACGGUCCAUCUCGUCCCUUCGCCAGCAGGUAGAUACUAGCAUGGGGUCUAUUGGCAGGACUGGGCAUAGCUUGUGUCGGCCUCCUAGUCA